UGUGGUUUAAAAAAGCGUUGACUCCACCACAUCAUCAUCGUGUGUACGGCAGGAGGAUAAAUUGAACAUUUCCCACGAGAUCGGGGUACAAACCGCAUCUGUCCGUUGCAGAGAGCGAAACGUUUGACCGUAUACAACACGCGUACGGUCUCUGUGUGUCGUGCAGUAGUGAGUUUCACGUACGUAAAAACCCAGUGCGGCGUGUGUGUUUCGGGGUCGCCGAUUCGCGCAUGGUCGAUGGUGACUUGGUCGGUCUGUCGCUGUUGAAGAAGAAGCAACAAAAAACUGCUGCACUGAGAUAGACAUCAUUCUAGCGCACCGCUGGAAAGCCGUGCAGUGUAUCGCUGUGUGCUGUUAUUUAAAGUGUUUUUAGUUUGCAAGUGUUUUAGGGAGUGCAAAAAGUACGUGCCGGUGAAUAAAAAAUGCUGCUCAAACAAAUCGGUACCGUUCUGGCGCGUGCAGAAUGCCAGCGUCGUCAUCGUGCUUUGCUCCAGUUGAGCCGCCACUUUGCCGCCGUUCCGUUGGCCGAACCGGCCGCACCGUCGCUGAAAACCGAAGUUCCUGGACCCAAGUCAAGGGCACUGCUGCAGCAGCUAAAUCAACUGCAGAAUGCUAACUCGGUGCAAAUGUUUGUCGACUAUGACAACUCGUACGGAAACUAUCUGCAGGACGUGGACGGCAACGUGCUGCUCGAUAUUUACACGCAAAUUUCAUCCGUCCCGCUCGGUUACAAUCAUAAGGAGCUGCUGAACGUGUUCCGGGAUGAGCACAAUCUGUCGACACUCAUCAAUCGCCCGGCGCUCGGCGUGUUCCCGGGCGAAGAUUGGCCAAACCGGCUCCAGAACGUGCUGAUGUCGGUCGCUCCGGUUGGGCUCGAUCACGUCACGACCAUGAUGUGCGGUUCCUGCUCGAACGAGAACGCGUUCAAAAACAUCUUCAUCUGGUACCAGAAGAGGCAGCGCGGUGAAGCCACCCCGUUCACCGAGUCGGAGAUCCAGUCGUGCAUGAUCAAUCAGGCCCCGGGCGCGCCGAAGCUGAGCAUCCUGAGCUUCCACGGUGCGUUCCACGGCCGCACGCUCGGCUGCCUGUCGACGACGCACUCGAAGUACAUCCACAAGAUCGAUGUGCCGUCGUUCGAUUGGCCGAUCGCACCGUUCCCGCAGUAUCGCUAUCCGCUGGAGGAGAACGUGCGUGAAAACGCGCAGGAAGACGCGCGCUGUUUGGCGGAGGUGGAGCGCUUGAUUGAGCAGUACGGCAAGCGGGGCAUCCCGGUGGCGGGUAUUAUUGUGGAACCGAUUCAGAGCGAGGGAGGGGACAAUGAGGCGUCGCCCGAGUUCUUCCAGCAGCUGCAGAAGAUUGCGAAGGCGCGGGGCAGCGCGCUGCUGAUCGACGAGGUGCAGACGGGCGGGGGGCCGACCGGUAAGAUUUGGUGCCACGAGCACUUCAAUCUGCCCAGCCCGCCCGAUGUGGUGACGUUCAGCAAGAAGAUGCAGCUGGGAGGAUACUAUCACGGGGCGCACAUGAAACCGUCGCAGCCGUACCGCGUGUUCAACACGUGGAUGGGCGAUCCGGGCAAGCUGCUGCUGCUGGAAUCGAUCCUGCGCGUGAUCAAGCAGGAAUCGUUGUUGGAGAAUGUGCGCCGUACGGGUGAUAAGCUGAAGCAGGUUCUGAUGGAGGCCCAGAAAGACUUCCCUCAUCUGCUGAGUGCUGCGCGCGGCCGGGGAACCUUCCUGGCGAUCAACUGUGCCACGCCCAAGCUGCGCGAUGACAUUGUGGGAGCAUUGAAGCAGAAAGGUGUCCUGUCCGGUGGUUGCGGUGAGCAGAGCAUUCGCUUCCGCCCGGCACUGAUCUUCGGCGAGAAGCACGUGGACAUCUUCAUGGACAAAUUCCGGCAGGUGCUGAAGGAGGUGAAGUAAACGCACGCCAAACGCCCAGCACCUGUGCCAGCUAACUUACUGCACAGAAGCGGCUGAGAAUGAGCGGAUGAGCUGCUACAUGAAUGGAUAGGAAUUGAGGAAUGUUGCGAUUUAGCAAUCACGCUAGAUUGCGGACAAAAUGGGAAAUGGAUUUGCCCCGAUUAGUUUAAUAAUCUUCCACGCACAGCACAGCGACUUGCGCACAAAAUGAAGCAAACAUUAAUAGAUUCGUUACGGUAUGGUAUGAUCCCGGUUAGGAGGUCGCGCGGUUUCCAUGACGGGGACAAUAAGAUGGACCAGAGAGUUCUUCCCUGUUUGCGUACCGCGCAGCCGUGGAUUUGAUUUAGUAAUGCUUGUAGCUGCCAUGUUGAGAAAUCGUCUAAGCUAUAUAUUAGAAACUCUGCCAGUACGACAGAGAGGGAAAUGAAAUAAUAUAUAUAACAAAAGUAUAACAAAAAACACACACACCAACACGUUAAGUAAAGCGUGAAUGAGAGAACAUUUGUCUUCCAAUGAGCUAUCAAAGUGAUUCCAAGUUAAUCGGUGUCCAAACGGUACAGGCCCAAACUGUCUUCUAGGCAGGGCGUGCUAAACCGUUACAAAAUAAAAUAGAUAAAUGUUGUCGCAUACAGUAAAGCA